UACAGGUGGUGAGCCAACCAACUGGUAACCGUUCUACUAUUCCUGGCUAGAUUUCUCUAUCUCUGUUUCCCUUUCAGGCCACUCUAUCUGGCAUCCGAAUCCCAUCCCAAAGGGGUGUGGUUUGGUCCUGUCUCUCCUUCAUCUUUGGAGGUUUGCUUCAAACUGGACGAAAAAACGCAGAGGUGGAAUCAGGUACAAAUCAAAGAAGCAGAAGUGGAUUAUGAGAGGGUGAACUGUCUUGAGGUUGAGGAGCUGCUAUGGCAAUUUAUCCUAGAAUAAGUGAGGAGUGGAUACAGUACACAUCAACAACAACAAUGAUCCAGGCGAUGCAGCCCCACCCUUCCCUGACUCCUGUCCCCUCGUGAGCUGAGAGGAGGAACACCCCAGACCUCCUGACAACUCCGAGGGUGGAGGUCGGGUCUCUUGGGGGUCAUCAUGGUGACCUUUGCGGAGAAGUCGGCGGUGCAGCCCAUGCUUCGGGAGCCGUCAUGCAUCACCACGCACCUGUCCCCCGGGCUGCGGCGCAAACAGCUGAUGUGGCAGAAUGCCAUCAAACACAUCAUCAGCCAACAGGAGAUAAAUGAGCAGGUAGGGGUGGAGCCAGCGCGUAAAAUCUUCGCCACCGACACCUACAUCGACGAGAUCAACCGCCAGAUCCGCAGCAAGGCCUCACGAGGGGCCACUAAACGCCGCUCCUCGGUCUCCCGCGUCCACCCCCACUACGAGCGCAGCUCCACCAGCACCCACCACAGCGGCUCCCACGGCGACUGCUCCAGCGAUGCUGAUUUCUUCAUGCGCUGGGGCCCCAUGGUGCGUGGCGUGUACUUGCCCACGCUACGACACACCUUCAAGUCCCGCGACCUGGAGACGCUCUACCAGCAACACUCCUCCCACCAACGACGCACCUCACUGGCUGUCACCAACGUCAUCGACGCCGUGGCCAAACUACACAUCCUGGUCCUGUACCUGGCGCUGGUGCCCGAGGCCUCCACGGACGCACUGCGUGGUUGGCUGACGGGUUUAUUCAUGGGAGUGUCCGUAGUGCUGUGUGUCCUGGUUCUGACUUGUAAGGACUCCAUGUCUCCUCAGUGGCUGCGCUACGCUGGUCUGGCUAGCUGGCUGUCCCAGACCACACAGGUGCUGGGCGGCCUGGCCUACGGGCUGGAGAGGGACCCUUCAUGGUACGUGCUGUUCACGCUGUUCGCCACCUACACACUGCUCCCACUACCCCUGCUCUGGGCCAUGUGCGCCGGCUCACUCACCUCAGCACUAGAACUCCUGGUGGAGAUCAUCCAUCACUACAAUGAUGCAGAACUGCUGAGAAAGGUGUUGGCCACAGGACUGCUGUACUUGGGUAUGAACACAGCUGGCCUUUUCAUCCACUACCUGACGGACCGCGCCCAGAGACAGGCCUUCCUGGAGACCCGUCGCUGCAUCGAGGGGCGCCUCAAACUGGAGCAGGAGAACCAGAGACAGGAGCGUCUUGUGCUGUCAAUCCUGCCUCGCUUUGUUGCCUUGGAGAUGAUCGCAGACAUGAGUGCUUUGGAGGAUGAGCUCGUUCCCCAGGAGUUCCACAAGAUCUACAUCCACCAGUACAAAGAUGUCAGUAUCCUGUUUGCUGACAUUAAGGGCUUCACACUGCUCUCAAUGAACCUGUCAGCCCAGGAGUUGGUCCGCACACUCAACGAGCUCUUUGGGCGCUUUGACCAUCUGGCUGAGGAGCACCACUGUAUGAGGAUAAAGAUCCUGGGGGAUUGUUACUACUGUGUGUCAGGGGUCCCAGAGCCUCAGCGUGCACAUGCUCGCUACUGUGUUGAGAUGGGCCUGGCUAUGAUCAGCACCAUACGGUCCGUGCGGAAGCAGCUGAACCAUGACAUGGACAUGCGGAUUGGGAUCCACUCUGGCUCGGUGUUGUGUGGGGUUCUGGGGCUGCAGAAGUGGCAGUUUGAUGUGUGGUCCUGGGACGUGGGCAUCGCCAACAUGCUGGAGGCAGGGGGCAUCCCUGGCCGGAUCCACAUCUCCCGGGCAACUCUGGACAGUCUGGAGGGGAACUACAAGACAGAGGACGGCCAUGGCCAUGAGAGGAAUGAGUUCCUGAAGAAACACAACAUCGACACUUUCCUCAUCUGCCACAAGGAGGAUGGGCCCGGGCCCACCCCAGUGGCCCCUGAGCCCACCAAAACCCAGAUAUCCAGCCAGACCUGGAAUACGGAGCUGCCCUUUGGGAAUAUCAUCGACAUGAACUGUAUCCUGGCCUCCUUCACCAAUGGCUCCCUGGCGCAGCUGCCAAACUCAUCAUCACGGCAAUCAGCCUCCAAGGAGAUCAACAAGCGGAUCGAGCACGCCAUCGAGUUGCGCAGCAGCGAGCGCAUGCGCAAGGAGCACAUCACCCCGGUCACGCUGGUGUUUAAAGACGCUAACAUCGAGGACAAGUUUUCCCAGAUGAGAGACGAGAUGUUCAACUCCAACCUGAUCUGCUCCUUCAUCAUGCUCCUCUUCCUCAUGGCUGUCCAGGCCCUCAUCCCCGCCCCCAGGCCGUACCCGGCAGUGCUCCAGUUCUCUCUCUUCCUGCUGGCCUAUAUGUUGCUGCUGCUGAUGGCUUUGGCUGAGGAGUUUAAGCAGGCCCCUCCGGCGCUACUACAGCUCUGCUGCUGGUUCCAUGAGAACAACAGCGCCCGCAACCUCCUCACCCUCACUGCCAUCGCUAUCAACUUCGGCCUGGCCUCCACCGACAUGGUGUGGUGCAUUCUGAGGGACUCUGCUAUAGCAGAGGGGCAGGGGACAGACAGGGCCAGCACAGAUACAGACACACCCAGCCAAUGGAUUCUCACUGCCUGCACCUACCCAGAGUUUUUUGUGCUGAGUGGGGUGAUAGCCAUGGUGACAUGUGCGGUGUUCCUCAGGCUGAGUUCUCUGUUGAAGCUAGCUGUGCUGCUAUUGGUGGUGGCUGUCUACUCCUACUUUAUACAGGUGGCAUUCCACAUCCUUUAUGUCAACCAGCAAGAGCAGGACCUCCUCCUGCACAGGUCUCACUACCUCAGGAGGAAGGGCAUCUCCAUCCUCCUCAUGACCAUGUUUGUUGUUGCUGUGUUCUACAAUGGAAGACAAUGGGAGGCGACAGCGAGGCUGGACUUCCUAUGGCGUCUGCAGGCUCAGCAGGAAGUGGAGGACAUGAGGGAGCUGCGGGAGCACAACGGGUAUCUGCUGAACAACAUCCUGCCAUCGCACGUCGCAAGACACUUCCUGGAGAGGGGCAGGAACAACGAGGAGCUGUACUCCCAGUCCUAUGAGGAGGUGGGGGUGAUGUUUGCCUCAGUCGCAGGGUUCACCGACUACUAUGAGAAGAAGGAGAUCAAACACGAGGGGGUCGACAGCCUCCGACUGCUCAACGAGAUCAUCGCUGACUUUGACGAGCUGUUGGAGGAGUUCUAUUUUCAUGACAUUGAGAAGAUCAAGACCAUCGGCAGCUGUUACAUGGCAGCAUCUGGCUUAUCUCCAGACAGACAGUCGCAGUCCCAUGGACGUGUGAAUGGGUGGCACCACCUGAGUGAGUUGGUCCUGUUUGCCUUGGCCAUGCAGGAGACCCUGAGAGAGAUCAACAAAAAAUCUCACAACAGCUUCCAGCUCCGUGUGGGCAUCGCUCAUGGGCCUGUGGUUGCCGGGGUGAUCGGCGCAACCAAGCCUCAAUAUGACAUCUGGGGGACGACGGUGAACCUGUCGAGCCGCAUGGACAGCACAGGCGUGAGUGGCCGCAUCCAGGUGCCCGAGGCCACACGCGGGAUCCUGGCUGCCUGGGGCUUCGUCCUGGAGCUGAGAGGACAGAUCUACAUCAAGGGGGUGAGCGAGCGGCAGGGGAAGGUCCGGACUUACUUCAUCAACAGCAGUCACGCCCAAAGGGCCAGUAACAGGACUUGGGGACGGUCAGGGGGGCGAUCGGAGGGCAGGAACACCCUGGCAGCGGUGGUGUUUGGUCUGGUACAGUCCAGGCAGAAGGAGAAGCAGAGAGAGGCCAACAGAGUGUUGUUCAGCAUGGCCCCCAGCAGCGGACAGUGCUAACAGAAGAUUCUAGAGAGACCAACAAAGGAGGUCAGAGUUCAGACUGACUGAGCACUUCCUGUUUAGGGGGUCAGGACUUCCUAUGUCAUGAGUCGUCCAGCACUGACUUGAAACACCACAGUGGUGGAUUAGCUGGUUGAUCCUCAGAGAGAGAGAGAAGAUAUACUGUAUGAGAUACUGUAUGUAGUGAUUCUCGUGAGGAGACAACUGUACAGAACAUGGGACCAAGUACCCCAGGGGCUAAAGUAGGUAUUUUGUUGGGUCGGUUCAAGGGACACAUUGGGUGUCACAUUAAACAUUAUCCAGAGGACUUUCUCUUUGGCCCACAAAACUCUGUCUUGAUUCGACCAGGAGGAUCUACUGUCAAUCUUAGUUCCACUGAGUUUAAACAAUCCCCGUUAGGAUGCUAAUUGCUUUUUUAUUACCAUAUCUACAUAUACAGUAGAUAUUUGUUACAUGUGUUUUCAUGUUUAUUUCUUACCUGACUGAGGCCAACACAGUGCACUACUCUUAUAGAAAUCUUAUCCGUGCAGGACAUUUGAUUACUGUAAGUGGUUGAUUUACUGUAAGUAUUCACUGUAAGCGGAGUACACUGUAUUUACAUAAUGAUGUAAAAAACUCUGCAGUUUACAUGUUCGAUUAGAGUCCAGACCUCUAAGCCAUAAUAAUAAAUGCCUCACUUCAUAAUCACUGUACCGAGAUGAACUGUGCAACCUAUUUUGUAUCAUAGACGUUCAAUCGCUGGAUUAAUUUAGUGUAAAGUAGUGCAUACAUUUUUGUAAACUAUACACAAUUUGUAAUGUUUUUAUUACGAUGUAUAAUAUGAUUGUUAAUCGAGAGAACACAUUGUUUAAAUACAUUGUUUGAUCUGUGUAGUGAUAAACACCCAAGUGUAUUUCGCUACACAUUGUGGUGAAGGGCAUUUCUAUGGUAACACUGUUCUUCAAUUAAAUGUGUUUUUGUUACAUUUUCUGUGGAAAUUGUCAAAAGUCGUCCUUGUGCAUAGAGUUGUAUGGUUUGUUUAACUUUGGAAAAAUCUGAGUCUCAGCAUCACUCUAUUAACGUGGCUUUGCCCUGAAGAUGAUUUUAUUUGGUUCUGUCAAUGAGUGUAACCUCAUUGAGCUUACUUUACCUCACACAAUUCACUGCACAACAACUUAUAUAACCUGCUGGUGUUUGUACACUACUCAGGUCAUUCACUGUGAAUGGUCAGUCACCCUGAUGAAGGCUGUUGUAGUCGCAACGCAUUGGUAGGUUCUUUAUUCUUCCCAUGCAUAAGCU